GUCAGCUGAAUUCUAAUAUGAUCAAGAUGGAGUCUAUCCUCAUGCCUUUACAGUCCUGGAUCUGUGAGACUCUGGAGAAUUCUCCAUAGAGAUAUGCAAGAGGUAAAAUCAUUUCAUUCUGUGGAGAAGUUCAUGGAAGCCAUGAUGUUUCGUCUGGCCCUGAUUGUAUUACACAUUGGAACCUGUUGCUAAAGUACUAUGACAUGUCUCUAGCAAUCAGGAAAAGAAGCUGGGAAGAGCAUGUGACCCAAUGGAUGGGCUUGCCUUUUGGUUCUAUUGAUUCUAAUAUAUUAUGCAGGCAUGGCCUAGUAGUUGACAACCUGCAGGCAGGCAUGGAAAAGGAUGGACUUCGGAGUGAAGGCCAUAAAGAAAAAAGUGCUUCCUUGCCAGAUUGCUGUCUUGGUGGAGAACUGGCCAGUUUCCCUUCGAAGCUGCUUGGUAAUAUAUCCAAAGAGGUGGAUGAGAAUGACAAUCAUCAAGAGGAAGAAUUUCUCUCUCUGGAAGACAGUACAGAAACUUUGGUCAAUGUUUCCGGUGACGAUGGUGGUGGUCAUAGUGGUGGUGAUAACAACGAUGACGACAUGGAGCUUACUUUGGAGGAAGUCAACCACCAGUUCACUCAUGUUGAAGAGAAAUUGUCAGCCGAAAAAAAUACUUUAGAAGGAGGAGCAGGACCUUGCAUAGAGAUAGGCCCACAAGUAGAAGCAAAGAAAGAAUCUAAUAAUGUCUGUGAACCAACUGGGGAAACAAAUGAACUUAAUUCUGAGAGAGAUACCAAAUCAGGGAUGGAAGAGGAAGACAUUUGCAAUAGCAGAGAAGGAGGUCUGGAAAUUUAUUGCAAUAUUUCCAAUGAAAAUGAGGAUGCCCCAAAAGAAAACUUCUGUGAGCUUUCAAAAGUGGAAAAAGAUGUGCCUGAGGAGAAGGUGGUCCAUGAGGUUGUAGCCGCAGAGCAGCAUGAAAAAUCAGGUGCUCCUAACGAUGGGAAUGAAAAAACUGUUAGCAGUCUUUUACCUGAUGAGCUUUUUCCUGGUCAAUGUAGUAACAACAGUGUAGUUGCUGCAGACUCCAGUAAUCUUGGGCCAUCACCUGGUUCUUAUCUUCUGCCAGAGGGAAAUGGACUGGAUUCAAAUGGCUUUGCAGAUUCUCAAAAUCAAUACAUCACAAGUGUACCCUUGGUGGAAGGAGUGACUGGUUUAAAGAAUAACAUAGUAAUGCCCCAGCCUAUGGAUAGUCAAGUCAUACUGCGGAAAAGAAAGGAAGCGAGAGAAGAUCGAGAUCAGUCACGAUUGGACUCCAUGGUACUGCUCAUUCUGAAACUGGACCAGCUGGACCAAGAUAUUGAGAAUGCCCUCAGUUUAGGGCCCUCGCCCUCCAGCACGCUGACCCCCACACGGAGGCACAUACCUGAUUUGGAAUCGCAUCCUGAAAGUGGAGUGGACAUUGUUACACUGAGCCACCAGCAAAUAAACGUACCGCCACCGCCUCCUCUUCCUCCUCCUCCCCCCCAUGGUGCUGAUCGAGUAUUUUCCAUUCCAAUGGCUGGUUCUGGAGCUAAACCAAAGGCUGGGGCCAUGCCAAUUAUUACAGAAAAGGAGAAGGCUGAGAUUGAGGCCAAGGAAGCGUGUGAUUGGCUGCAGGCAGCAGGCUUCCCACAGUAUGCACAACUUUAUGAGGAUCUUAUAUUUCCCAUUGACAUUGCUUCAGUGAAGAGAGAACAUGACUUUCUGGACAGAGAUGCCAUUGAAGCCUUGUGCAGGCGUUUAAAUACUUUAAACAAAUGUGCAGUGAUGAAGCUAGAAAUCAGUCCUCACAGGAAACGGAGUGAAGAUUCCGAUGAAGAUGAACCUUGUGCUAUAAGUGGCAAGUGGACUUUCCAGAGGGACAGCAAGAGGUGGUCCAGGCUUGAGGAGUUCAAUGUUUUCCCUCUGAAGCAGGAUGGGAAUUCCUCGUCCCUGGACGUGGCUCAUCUGAGCAGUGCAGCUAGUCAUGAAAGCAUGCUGACAGACCAGAGCGAGCACCAGGAGGUAGUUUCUGUCCACAGCAUUGGCAGCAAUAGCAGUCACCCAGCUGCCUCCCCGAGUGAAGCGGCCACUACUAGGACCAAUUCUGUCAUUAGUGUGGGCUCAUCAGGCAACCUUGUAGCAAACGAAGACUCCUUCGGCAGCUUGCCCUCACCUAAAGAGCUGUCGAGCUUCAGUUUCGGUGUCAAAGCCAACGAGAAGAGCGCCAAGUCCAAAACAAGGAGCCUGUUAAAGAGGAUGGAGAGCCUAAAACUCAAAAGCUCCCAUCACAGUAAAAACAAAGCCUCUUCCAAGCUUGGCCUUAUCAUCAGUGGCCCUGUCUUGCAAGAAGGAGUGGAUGAGGAAAAAUUAAAGCAGCUGAACUGUGUGGAGAUCUCUACCCUUAAUGGAAAUCACAUAAAUGUCCCAAUGGUACGCAAACGAAGCGUCUCCAAUUCCACCCAGACCAGCAGCAGCAGCAGCCAAUCAGAGACAAGCAGUGCUGUCAGCACCCCAAGCCCCAUCACACGGACACGCAGCCUCAGCGCCUACAACAAAAGAGUGGGGAUGUAUCUAGAAGGUUUCGAUCCUUUCAACCAAUCAACGUUCAACGACGUCAUGGAGCAGAACUUUAAAAACCGGGACAGCUUUGCAGAAGACACAGUGUUCUUCAUUCCUGAAGACCACAAGCCUGGAACUUUCCCCAAGGCACUCUCCAACGGUAACUUUGCUCCGUCCGAGAAUAGCACCUCAGUGAAUUGGAGAACGGGGAGCUUCCAUGGGCACGGCCACCUGUCCCUCAGGAGGGAGAACAGCUCUGACAGCUCCAAAGAGCUGAGCAUUGGGAAGAGGCGCAAUUCCUCCAGCUCCAUGUGUAGCCGUCUGAGCAUUUAUGACAACGUGCCGGGCUCUAUCCUGUACUCCAGCACAGGCGACUUGGCUGACCUUGAGAAUGAAGACCUCUUCCCUGAAUUGGAUGAUAUCCUGUACCAUGUCAAAGGCAUGCAGAAAAUUGUGAACCAGUGGUCAGAGAAACUCUCAGAUGAAGGAGACUCGGAUUCAGCUCUCGAUUCAGUUUCUCCAUGCCCUUCAUCUCCCAAGCAGAUCCUCCUCGAUGUGGACAAUGACCGGACAAUACCCAGUGAUCUUGACAGCACAGGAAAUUCAUUGAACGAUACAGAAGAUACGGGGAUCCAGGAAAGGAGGGACUCUGGAGUGGGUGCAUCGCUGACACGCUCUAACAGGCAUAGAAUGAGGUGGCACAGCUUUCAGAGCUCUCAUCGACCCAGCUUCAGCUCGGCAUUGUUACAGAUCGACUGUCAGUCUGUGGCACAGAUGAACCUGCUGCAGAAAUAUUCCCUCUUGAAGCUAACUGCGCUCUUGGAGAAAUACACCCCUUCGAAUAAGCAUGGCUUCAGCUGGGCUGUACCAAAGUUUAUGAAAAGGAUAAAAGUCCCAGAUUACAGAGACCGAAAUGUAUUUGGAGUUCCCCUAACCGUUAACGUCCAACGUACUGGACAGCCUCUUCCCCAGAGCAUUCAACAAGCCAUGCGAUACCUUCGCAACCACUGCCUGGAUCAGGUUGGCCUUUUUCGAAAAUCUGGAGUCAAGUCUAGAAUCCAGGCAUUACGACAAAUGAAUGAGAGCUCAACGGGAAAAGUAAACUAUGAAGGUCAGUCUGCUUAUGACGUGGCUGACAUGCUGAAGCAAUAUUUCCGCGAUCUGCCGGAACCACUCAUGACCAACAAACUUUCAGAGACUUUCUUACAGAUCUACCAAUAUGUGCCAAAGGAUCAGCGUCUCCAGGCAAUCAAGGCAGCCAUUAUGCUUCUACCAGAUGAGAACAGAGAGGUCCUACAGAUUCUCCUAUAUUUUUUGAGUGAUGUCACGGCUGCUGUGAAGGAAAACCAGAUGACGCCAACGAACCUUGCUGUGUGCUUAGCCCCUUCUCUUUUCCACUUGAACACCCUCAAGAGAGAAAAUUCUUCUCCAAGGGUGAUGCAGAGGAAACAAAGUCUGGGGAAACCUGAUCAGAAAGAUUUAAAUGAGAAUUUGGCUGCAACACAAGGCCUGGGCCACAUGAUUGCUGAGUGUAAGAAGCUGUUUCAGAUCCCUGAAGAAAUGAGCAGAUGUCGGAAUUCUUAUACAGAACAAGACCUUCGGCCUUUGAGCUUGGACGAACUAGGGCAAACUAAUAACUCAGAGCCCGCGGACUAUCGUUCUUACAUCCAGGACUGUAUGGAUGACCUACUCAAGGAAAUUAAGGAUAAAUUUAAAGGCUGGGUCAGCUGUUCCACCUCUGAGCAAGCAGAGCUGGCCUACAAGAAGGUUUCUGAGGGUCCACCUCUCCGGUUGUGGAAAUCCACUGUUGAAAUCCCUGCAGCUCCUGAAGAGGUAUUAAACCGUGUACUGAAGGAACAGCAUCUCUGGGAUGAAGAUCUUUUGGAUGCAAAAGUGACUGAGACUUUGGACAGCCAGACUGAUGUAUACCAAUAUGUACAAAACAGCAUGGCACCACACCCAGCUAGAGAUUACGUAGUGCUAAGGACUUGGAGGACAAAUUUAUCUAAGGGAGCUUGUGCACUUUUAAGCUCCUCAGUAGACCAUGACCAUGCUCCAGUCCUUGGUGUUAGAGUGAAUGUGCUCUUGUCCAGGUAUCUCAUUGAACCUUGUGGAUCGGGAAAAUCCAAGCUCACUUAUAUGUGCAGAAUUGAUUUAAGGGGGCACAAACCUGACUGGUACGCAAAGGCUUUUGGCCACUUGUGUGCAGCUGAAGUUGUUAAGAUCAGAGACUCUUUCAUUAAUCAGAACUUAGAGACUAAAGAAGCAAAAUCCAGGUGACGAACGAAGUGGACCAACGCUGCAUCAGCGUACCCAAAUAUUUCCAGGAACUGUUGAUUGUUUGCUGCAGAAAGGGUCACAGCGUGGCCUCUUCAGUCUUGUCCUAAAGGAGGAGUAUCUGGAAUAGGUUUGAGAUCCUCACUCAAAAAUUUGUGGCAAUACCACACAUUUUUUAAGCUGCUUCUUGUCGGUGUUAGGCCUAUAGUGUAGGCCUUGACUGGAAUAUAUUGGAUGGUGCAACUGUUUUUUGGAUUUAUGUUUUUUUAAGUAAUAUUAUACUAUGUUGCUUAGACAGCAUGAAUUGCUUCUGAGAAGCUAAACUCUAAGACUUAAGUGUAUUUCUGGAAUAUAGUGAAAAUGAUUCAUUCCUAUAUAAUGUUAGCUUUAUGUAUGUAUCGGUGUGCCAUUUAUUGAGGGACUGUUUCAUCCACUGGAUUCGUUGGCACUCUUCAAUGGGUUCUUGCGAAAGUAAGUGAAGGAAGGUUUGCACAGAGGCAGAGGUGUGAAUUACUGUCUAAAUCGAUGAACAGAGUAUUAGAAACCAGAGUGUCUGGUACACUUGAAAGCAAUGGGAAAGAUUUUACUAUGUGUGUGUAUGGAGGGGAUGGAGGAGGUCAGCCUAGAACCAUUGUCUGUCCAACAGGCCAUCAGAUGCUUCAGUCUUCAUUCACACAUCCCGUAUUGCCCGUAUAGAUGUACUUUUUUGACAAAAGGAAAAUGGCGACUGCACGAGAUAUGGCAAGGAAGGCAAAAGGCAGAAAUACCUAAACCUGCUGCCAAAUGAAGACUUUAUUGAAAUGAUUUUUUUGAAAUGGCCAAUACAUUUCAGCACCUGCCUUUUGCGAUGGCUCUAGCUCCAUUUGUGUGUUCAUAAUUGAAAGCUCUCAGAACGUUCUCACUGACGUUACGCCCAGACAAAUUUGUCCUGGCCACAGAACAUAGGCUGAACUUGUUCACAGCUUCCUCAGAGUGUACUUGUAUGGAGCAUGGUUUGCAUUUUUAGGUGUUAACUCAAAACAUCUUAAGGGGAGGUACGCCUGAAAAAAAGGAAUUUGCGGGUGGAACUUGACUUGAGGUGCAUUGUGUGGGAAAUGGUAGCACUCUGAGUUCUAGUUCUUAGACUGAGAGUAGGUCUACUCAGGCAUUAUUAAAAGGGUGAAAUUCAUCUUGCUAGCAGGGACAGAUCCACAUCAAGUAGCCCAAUCCCCUGACAUCAUGUAGCUCCACCCCCAGGAAUCGCCACAUACAGCACAAACACCUGCAGUGGAGAAGCAUUCAUGCAUUCAGCUGUACACACAGAAGCUUCCACACAAUUCAGAACCCUGGCCACAUACAAUGCUGAACCACAUGAAAGCCUCCAUGCAUAUAGUUGUAUGUUCAAAGGCCUCCCUGCUACAGACAUUCACAGUGGAUGCCUGGGGGUGGAGCUAUGUGGUACAUGCGAUUGUGGGAGUGUGGCUAUUUGGCAUGGCCUUGUCCUCACUCAUGUGUUGAGUUUAAACCUUUUAAUAAUUCCUGAAUAGGGCAGGGUCUUCAAACUAUGGCACUUGAAAUACCUAUAUCUCACACAGAGACACACUUGGGCCCUUUCUACACCUAAGGAUUAUCCCAGGCAAAUGGAGGGAUCAUCCCUGCCUGCUCCCAGGAUCCCGUGUGAUAUUUGGAUGCACCGGGACAAUCCCGGGGGGAAAGGCAGUUGUAGAAACGUCCACAGAGAGAGAGAAGUAUUGGGUUUUUUAUUAUUACGCUUGAGGUUUGCCUCUCUUUUUUAACCACCUAUUUACACUUUUUAGAUGUGCACCUAUUAAGAAGCAAGCAGGAGACUUAACAGUCCUCUUUUUUAAAAAUAGAAAAGAACGUCAUAGGAAAGCUUGUGGCAUGGGAGUAGAGCUGAAAUUGCUUUUGGUAGCUCAAAAAGACAGCACUGGAAAAUGUCAUAACUGGAGUUCUAAAGCAAUUCAGUGUAAUGGAUGGAUUCUGUUACGAAUUCAAAGGUGUUCAUAUAUUCCACUCAACUCUAACCAUAUAACCUCAUUCAUCCACAUCGUUUGGGAGGAAACUUCCUAAAUGUUCAGAGAUUCUGAAGCUUGGAUAAGAAAGAGUACUGUUGACAUCAGUUUAUGAGGUGUAAUAUGUAGGACUGCAAGUUAGGAUAAACAGGUUCAAAUGAUGGGACGUUGCACUGUGCAGGUUAGAGCGCAAUCCUAUGCAUGUUUAGACAGGAAGAAGCCCUACAACAUGGCUGCGUAUGGAAUGUUGGGAGUUGUAGGAUAUUUUUUUCUGUCUAAAGUUGCAGAGAAUUGUGCCCAUAUUAGCUUUAAGGGGAAAACCCAAACCUGUACAUUCUAAUCCUCAUUAGCAACAAGGAUAGCAAUAGUAAAUGAAUAAUGGUAUCUGGGAAGAUACAUGUAGAAGUGUGUUGUUUUACCUUUCUAAAAACUGUAGAUUAACUGUCAAGUGUUUCUUCCCCCCACCCCAGAAAAACUGUUUUUUUAAGUGCACUUAAAUUUUUUCAUGCAUUUCAUUUGUGAUAUGUGUAGUAAUAAGGACCCAACGGUCCUCUGAGUGAUGUGGAUGGAGGAGGGAGAAUGCUUUUGGUGAUCAAAGUUUAUUAUAAGAGCAGCAGUACAAAGAAAGGAUAAGGGGCAGCCCUUUCCCACCCCAGCAACCUUCAUGUUUUUCCUAUUGCAUACCAUAUGGGAUCAUAUCCCAGGAGCACCUGUAUACCUGGUUCUCCUGAGGUAUACAAAAUAACCAUGAUAACAUGUUCUUAAAACAACACUGCUGUUUUGCCAUUCACUGUUGAAUAUAUGUCCAAAAGUAGGAGUUGCUGUCAAUCUUGCCUCCCCGCUACCCAUACCUGACCAGGGGCCCCUGUGUAAUGCUUUGGUGCAAAGAUUCAGUAUUCGUGUAGGGAUGCCCUGAAGCAGUGCGAGUGAGGUGUGAACGGAGGGGGGGGGAGUCAAACAGAAGGUGCUUUCUGUGAAUUUGUUGGACGCAAACGUAUCCGUGCUAAUUGUUGCCCUACAGUGGGAUUCUUUCCUCUCAAUCCAGCCUCUUACACUUCCUGACCCUCUACAGCCAGAGAAGAUGGCUGAGAUGUGUAUUGUACCAAACAUGGUGUGAGAAACUGGACAGCUGUUUCCAUCUUGCUCACUCACAUUGAAAAAAGGCCUGUGCCAACCUCAGGGUUGUCUUCCUUUCCCCACCCCAGGGUAGUGGCUAGAUUGGAAGCUUACUUUUUUUUAAAAAAACAACACCAUUGUCAGUAUUAUUAUUAUUAUUUUCAAAGAUUGUGUGAUGAAGAAUUGUGGUGUGUUAACAGAUUGUGUAGAGUUCCUAGUAAUAGCCUGUGUCUAAGCUUGUGACUCAUUUUGAAUUUCUUCUUUUCUUUCUUUUUAAUGUUACUGGUCUCUCUUGUGUCCCUCGUAGUUGUUCUUUGCCUGCAAAGAUCACGUCAGGAUUAAGAGGAGAGGAGAUUUGCAGUGAGGGUCAUGAUAUGGCAAGUUAGGGAACUUCUUAGCGGGUUGAUCUGUUUGCAGUAUUUCUUCAGUAAGAAGCUUCCAGAGACCGUGUUCCUCGUGAUGUCUGUCCAGAAAUUAUGAAGAACGUUGCAGGGGAUGUAGUUCCUCUCUUGAUGAGAUACUAACUUCUCUGUAACAAUCCCAGAAAUGAAGCCCUUACAAAGCACAUUACCCAGGGUGGGAUAUGGACGUGUGCCAACUGUUUCAGAUACAACCAGGUGGUGAGAGGGGAGCUACUCUAGAUCAUAUCCUUACACCCAUAGCCUACAAACAUUUAUUGGGCAGUAACUCCAUUCUGAUAGUUGUGAAACUGAACUGCCAAGUAAGUGAUUUAUGGAUCACACCAUUAGCAUCUCUCAUGAUUAGGGAAACGUUGUGUAUUCUUUGUAUACUUUUUACCAUGUUUAAUUGUGUAAAAAAAUGUAUGUUGUACAUACCAUUCUGUUGUAAACGUGUACACUUCCUCAUAUUUUAUUGUCCAGCAUAGAUUAAGCAUGAAAAUAAUUAUUUAAAAUAUACUUGUAUUUAUACCUCAGAUAUUCUUUGAGGUGGGAGGGAAGGUUGUUUGUACCUCAAGUUGUCUACCCUUCCCCCACCCCCAUGUAAAUACAUUCUACACAAUUAAGAUCUAAAUAAAAGAAAGAUUAUAACUUGCUAUUAUAUGUCUGUACAGAAUAUAAUCAAAUAAAUGCACUAUUAAAUGUU